CUCCUGGGCCUCGCUGUGGCCACCAUGGCAGCUCUCACCUAUUUUGGGGCCCCCCUUGCUGUCAUCAGCCACGCGUCUCGAGAGAGGACCCCCUUCGAGGCCUUGCAUCGUCGGGCCUUCUUCGCAGGAACCGGCCUGGCGGGGCUCCUGGCCCUGGGGGCUGUGCUGAGCUCUGCAGCCACAGUGAGAGAAGCCAGGGGCCUCAUGGCCGGGGUGAGUUCUCCCUGUCCCCAGCGCCCCCACUGGGAUGGGGCUGUGAGGUCACAGGGCCCCGUCUCUCCCCUCAGGGUCCCGACGGAAACAGAGGCCCGGGGAUGUGGGCCAGCCAGGACCCCUCCACCCAGGCCCCAUGUCACCCCAUCAGCCCGGGGGGCCUUGAAGACCUGGCUCUCCAGACCAGGAGCGUGUCCCAAAGGCUCUGGGGUUGCGGGGGGGUCCUGGUUCUGUGUCGCCGGAGGCUCUGAGAAUGGGCGGUGGGUGGAUUCUGUCCCCUUUACGAAGUGGCCAGGCCACCCCGUGUAGGUGGGGACAGGGCCAGUGGCCCCAAGGUGGCCUGCAGCCCGGGUGCCUCCUGAAAGGCACACCCUCCUUUGCAGCAGCCGGCAGUGGGGGCUUCCCGCCCCCCAGGUCCCACAAGCCUCUGACCAUGCCCCCCAGCAGUGGCCUUCUGCUGGCCCCAGGGCUGCUCCUCCCUGUGGCCUCGUCUCUGUCCCCCCUGUGGGCCCCGCCUCCCCAAGGACCCUCAUCCUGCCCUCUCUGGGCUCACACCCCCUCUCUCACCUGAACGGGGCCUCAGCUCUGGGCUGGUGCCUCGCUGUCACCUGCACCCCCAGCCAGCACCUGAUGCACGCCCCCCCCAAACCUUCUCAGUCAGCUGCCACUACCAAGUGCAGCCUCCCUCCCACCAGCCUGCCCCCAGCAGACCCCGCCUCCACCCAGUGAGCUCAUGCCGGGGGGCUGUGUUUCCCUGGACGGAGGAGGGCCUCCGAGGCCGGCAGUCCUGGGCUCCCUGAGGUCACCUUCUGGGUCCCCAGGGCUGGUGGGCUUCUCGGCCCAGCUUGUGUCAGCAAGUGUUUGUGAAGGACUCCUGGGCGGUGGCAGGACAGGGUCACCCCCGGGGGGGUGGUGUGCUGGGGAGUGGAGCGGGGGCAUCAGGCAGCUCCAGCCCUAACCAAGGCCCCACAGGAGCGAGGGCAGGCCGGUGCUGCCUGGGCGGCACCAAGGCUCUGGCCUGUGCAGCCUUGCUGAGCGGUGGCGGGGAGGGAGGCCCCAGGGGCAGCUGACCAGACAGGUGGGCUGUGCCCCCAGAAGGGAGCCCUAAGGUGUGGAGCCCUCCAGCCAAGAGGCCCAUGGCUGGAGGCCGAGCAGGCUGCCAGCAGGGCCAGAACCCGGGGGAUCCCAGGGAGGGCACCCCGCGAGGCCAGUGCUGGGGCGGCAGCAUCCGCCACCAGGGGGCGCCAUGGAGCUGGGCUCAAGGCGGAGGCGGGAAGACAAUUGGGCCAAAGGCUCCUUUUCCCAAGGUUCUGGGUUCCGUCUCACCAGCUCCAGCCUGUUGUUGGCCCAGCUGGUCACCAGGGCCUUCCCCAGCUUCCCUGACCCCCUCCCCCAGCUCUGUGCCCUGAUCAGGGACCCAGUUCUGCAUCUCUGCCCGUGAUGCGGUUCCAGCCCAUGGCCGGAUGCAUCCCAACCACCCACCCUGCACCCCCAGCCUGGGGGGGCCAGCCCAGCACGCCCCUCGGGCACUGGGAGACCUCACUCCCACACCUGCCCCUUUGAGGGGUGGGUGGGAGAGAGAGAGAGAGAGAGUGUGUGUGUGUGUGCGCGCCCUGCGCGGAGGGUCAGGGAGCGGAGAUCUUUCCAUCUUGACGCUCCCCCGCCCCUUCCUGCCCCCACCUCCCGGCCUCCCCCGAAACCAGCCUCACACAGGAAAUGAAAGGCUGGCGCAGGCUGAGCAGAGCUGGCAGCGGUGCCAAGGAAGCCAUUUUGAUGAAUUUACGUGUUUUGUUUAGAAUUGGGAGAGAGAAGCCGUGGGGAUUGGGCCCGGCCACACCCAGCACCUUAGCCUCCCCGGGCUGGGGCCUGGGAAGCCACUCAGGACCCUCUGGGCGAGGCGGGCGAGCAGGAGGGAGGGCUGCUCCCGCUGCUGAGGACAGACGUGAUUCCUGGAAAAAGCUGGUCCCCGGAGCUGGCUCCUGGCCCCCAGCCUGGGAGGCCGUGCUGAGCAAUGGCUUCCAGAUGGGAAGGUGGCCCCCAGCCAGUGGGGCGUGGUGGGGGACGGGGAGGGGGAGGCAUCUGGGGGCCGCCCUGGGACUGAGGCCUUGCAGACCCCUGGACAGGCAGGAGGGGGCCUGGGGUGAAGGCUGGUGGGCUGCCCAGCCCUGAGGAGAGCUGGAGGUAGUGUGAGGGCUGCCGGGGUGGCCCCCUCUUUCCCAGAGCCCGGAGAAUCCAUGCCGUCGGUCACGGACUCUCCUGGGUGUCACCCUGAGUGGGAGCCUGGUCGCCAUCUGCCCCAGGUCACGGAGAGCCGGGGCAGUGGGGGCGACACGUCAGCCGAGCCAGCCACACAGAGCCGGGUGAGGUGGGGGGUGGGGUCUGCAGGCAGCCACUCCAGGCCUCUGGACCCCCGGGCAGUGUGGUCAGCGGGCGGCUUGACCGUCCAGAGCUCCAGGAGGUGCCCCGGCCUGAGUCUGGAAUCAGAGGGCCACCAGCACACAGUGGCAGGCCAGGCCAUUAAGUCGGGGACGUCCCCAGGUGGCACAUAGGCCAGGGUUCCUAGUCUGUGAUGACUCUCUGAAACUGCCCGCAAAAGAGCGUUGGGGACACGUGCGCCUUUUUAGGGGAGGGGCUGAGACGUUCAUCAGUUUCUCAAGGGGCACCUCGAAGGGGCCGGCCCCUGUGAGAGAGAAGCGGGCCGCCAGAGCACCGGGGCCCGGGGUGGUGGCAGGGUCAGGAGACAGCUGGGCCAAAGGAAUCAAGCAGGGCAGGAAGCGGGGGCACGUCUCCCCAGGGGCCCCACCAUCUCGGGGUGUCCACCUGGCCACGCUCUCCGGCCAGGAACCUCUGGAGGCCUGUUUCGGAAAACAAAGCCAAACCUGCUUGGCAAGGCCCUCCUGGUGGGGCAGCAGGUAGCCCUGAGCCGCUCCUCCUGCCCAGACCAUGGGACGGGGGCCUUUCUUCUCCCAGCUCCAAAUCCCAGGCUCAGGGAGGCUCUGCCCUGCCCUUCCGGGGUCGGGCAGGGGCUCCACCAGCCCAGGGGCUGCCUGCCGCUCUGGGGCAGGGGCUGUGGCACUGCUGCCGAUGACAGGCCCUCGGGAGCCGAAAGGGAGCUCCCGCAAAGGGCUGGGAGCCAGCGUGCCCACCAUGUGCGGCCUCGCCCUCGGGUGGUGGGGAACCCGCCAGGGUGGCAGCCCGGUGCCUGGGGUAAUGGUCUCUCCUCCGGCCCAGGCCUUCCUGUGCUUUGCCCUGGCGUUCUGUGCCCUGGUGCAGGUGACCUUCUGGAGAUUCCACGACCCCACCCAGGUGGAAGAUGCCGUGUUGGACACCUACGACCUGGUGUUCGACCGGGCGGUGAAGAAUUUGUCCGGCAUCUGGCGGCAGGAGCUGGCAGCCAUCCAGGACACGUUUCUAUGCUGUGGCAAGAGCUCUCCGCUCGGGCUCCAGGGCAGCUCCGGGGCAGACCUGUGUCAGGGAGAGGGGCCUGCAAGACAGGUGUACGCCGUGCUGCUCAGCGCCUUUCUCUGCUUCGCCAUCCACUCGGGCCGCAGCUUGGACCGCAAGGGCAAAUACACCCUGAGCCCACGGGCCAGUGGCCGCCAGCCCCAGGAGCCCAGCUUCUUCAGAUGCUGCCAGGAGGGGCCAGCACCUCGUCACCCGCCUGAGGCAGAUGUUUGCGAGGCCCGUCCAGGUCCGAGCAGAUGCUUAAGGGCCUCUUUCCUGCUCCAGGACACGAAGCCGCCCACGCACGGAGGCGGCAGUGACACUGCGGCCCUGGCCCGCACGUGAUCCUUACCAGGAGGGGACCAGGCCUUUCCCUCCAUGUCACGCGGGCCCGGGAGCCAGGACAUCCGACCAGAGGUGUGGGGCUGGCGCAGGGGGACUCUCACAGGCUGGGAGCCGGCGGGAAGGAGGCAGGACAGAGGAAGCAGAGGGCAGGCUUGGCCGAGCUCUGCAUGGACCUCGCAAGGUCAAGCCCAGCUGGGGGCCGGGCUGGGCUCCCCUCGGCAGACCCUGGGCCCCCCCAGGCCACCCCCCCUCCCUGGUCAGGGGGUGGGCAGAGUUCAGUUCUGCGCGGCUGCAGGACCGGGGCCCCUUCCUUGCCAGCUGUCAACCGGGCAGUUCUGCUCCCCGAGACCACCUCCCCUUCUCAUGGGGCCCCCCAGCCUCAGGUCCACAUGGCAGGGGGGCUCCUGCUGGUGCGGAGAAUUCCUCUGACUCUGCUACCUGCUGGAGGGCUCUGCUUUCAGAGGCUCAGGGGGCUAGAUGAGCCCACCCAGGUAACACCCCCGGCCAAGGAGCAACCACAGCGUUAGUGAUUCAGUGUUUACGGAACCCAGGGACUGAGGCCGGCGGGCGGGGAGGGGGCAUUUGGGCGCUUCUGCCGGCCGCAGCCCGGCCGCCGGCCAUCCGACCGCCUGGCGGAGGAGCGCUCUCUAACCAACUGGUGCAUCCUUGGCUCAAAGUCCCGGGGGGGACACCAAGCUGGCCCAGCCGACAAAGGAGAAUGGGAUACGCCUGUGACAGGGACAAAGUGACAGAUGCCGACUCGUCCGCCGCUCGUGUUUCCAAUCCCACCCUCUCUUCCCACACUGUCACCUUCCAGAACAGGCUCCCACCUGAUAGAAAGCAAACAGCCCCCUGCAGGUGAGGUGCACAGCCCCCUGCCCCCAGAAGGUGCCAGAAGCCUCAUGGUUCUGCGUUUGGUAACCAUCCCGGGGCCCGGGGACGUGCUCCUCUCCUCACUCCCUUCCUCUCAUCUUGCAAAAUAAAUUUCCCAGAAAGUUUCA